AUGUCAGGCCAAUUCAAAAUCAGUAAGGACAAUUCCACUGAUUGGGGCACCGAGAAGCCAACAGGCGAGGCAACUGUAUCUGGACAACCAGCUGAAAUGGAUACUUGGGCUGAUAAGGGUGCUAAAAUGGAUUCAGGUGCAGAAAAUACAUGGGACAAAAGAAAAGAAGAUGGAGGUGAUGGUGCCUGGGAGAAGAAGUCUGAUGAUGGCCAUGGCAUUUGGGAGCAUCCCAGCAACUGGAAUGGGCAGAGUUUGAAUGUAGAUCAGGACACGUGGGGAAAUGCCAGGGGCAAAAAUAAGGCAGAUGGCAAUGCUUGGAAUGCUGGAGAUGGAAUUGGAAGACCAAAUGCCAAGUCUAAUGCAGGAUCCAGUUGGGGUGAGAAAGAUAAGAUGGAGUCUGAUGAGCAUCUGAAAGUCCCAAAAGAACCAGACACAUGGAAUAUAGGGAAAUCAAAUGAAAGUCCAUGGGAUAACACUGAUGCACUACAGGAAUCAGACACAUCUGAAAGUCCCAAAAGAAUCAGACACAUCUGA